AAAGAGGCGCGAUGUACAUUGGUUAAUUACUGCAACAGUUUUUGAAAUCGACUGAGCUAAAUCAUAACCACAGUGUUCAAAUUACUCUUUCAUCAAUGAAUGCCGAAGAUAUUUUCUAAUAGUGUUAUACAGUGAACAUGCGAGCUGCGAAAAAGCUUGUUUUUCAUUGCGUAUUGAGAAGCAGAAAUAAUGCUUAUUUGAACACGGACUUUUUCUUCAUAAAUUCUUUGAUUUAAAGACACACAGAUAGUGCCACAUACUGCAGUAAAAUAAUAAACAGAUGUUAUUUUUUAAUUUGUGGAAAAAAACUAGCGAUAUUUAUGAUAGAAUUAAUGAGACAUGUAUGAUGACAGAUACUCAGUUCGCUUAAGUGGGGACAUUACAGAGUUGGGUGAUAGUGAAGAAGUAUUUGAGAGGAAAUGUCCGGCGGAGCUUGCCGGUUUAAAUAACAACAAUUAAAAUGAUGAUAAUGGAAGACUUAGAAGAGUGGGAAAAAUGGGGUAGCGAAUACGGUACGACGGCGGACCAUAAAAGGUCAUCAGCCAUGCCCUCCCAAGGGUCACUCUUUACAAAUUUUGAGGACGUUCAGCUGACCGAUGAGGAACGUGUUUACCUAAAUGCCGCCUACCUUGGUGAUCUGGGUGUCCUCCGGCAGUCCGUAGAAGAUGCUGCAGAAUCUUCUCUCAAUGUCAACUGCCUUGACUACAUGGGAAGGAGUGCGCUCCAUAUUUCCAUCGACAGUGAAAAACUCGAUGUGAUUGAAGUCCUUCUGGACAACCUAAGUUUUAAUUGCAUCGAGGAGUCACUUCUUCAUGCUAUAAGUAAGGGCGCCACGAAAAUCGUCAAGAUUAUUACUGAGCAUCCAAACUUUAUGGCUGGCGAGGACAGACUAAAGAGACUAGGUGUUGGUGAGGCAUUCUUCCGGACAGAAGAAAAGAGUCAGUUUUCUCCAGACAUUACCCCUCUUAUAUUAGCUGCUCAUUAUAACAAUCAUGAAAUCAUACAAAUGUUCCUUUCACGUAAUCAUAGAAUAGAAAAACCUCAUCCAAUUUCAUGUACAUGUAACGAUUGUGUGACAAAACAGAAUUAUGAUUCACUCAAAAGGUCAAGGUCUCGACUAAAUGCCUACCGGGCACUUGCAAGUCCAGCAUAUAUGGCUCUAUCCAGUCCGGAUCCCAUCAUGACAACGUUCGAAUUGAGGCAAGAAAUGAUGAAAUUAGCAGAAAUAGAGAAAGAGUUCAAGAGCGAAUACCUCAGUUUAGUUGAAAAGUGUAUGAAUUUUGCAUGCGAGUUGAUGGACUUGUGCCGAGGGACACAGGAGGUAGAGGCCGUGCUCAGUGAAGGAAGUGAUUGCUCCUCGGACAAUGGCAAGCGAGAUCCACUGGCGAGAUUAAAAAUGGCCAUCAGGUACCAGGAGAAGAAGUUUGUUGCUCAUCCAAAUUGUCAGCAGCAUAUGACAAGUAUAUGGUACGGUUCAGAGAUGGGAUUCCUUCAGUCGUUUAACUGGCUCAGAGAGAGUGUAUAUGCUAUCCUGUUUCUACCUGCGAUACCCUUCCUCUGUGCAGUAUAUGUUAUUUUUCCAAAUUCCAAGCUCGGUUCUAUUAUGCGAUGCCCUGUGACAAAAUUUUUCACUCAUACUACUUCACAUAUUUGUUUCCUUAUAUUACUGGCUGUGGCCACAUUCCGGCUCUCCGAGGGUAAUGUAUCCAUAGGGUCAACUAAAGACAUGAAGGAUUCGCAUUACUCCCAUCUUUCAGAGGAGGAGAAGAUAGAAAGUUUAUUAAAAGAAACUCUCAGACCUGCAAGCACCUUAUUAACACAUGUACAAAUUUGUAUUGUAUUUUGGAUAUUAGGCUUAUUGUGGAUAGAGUGUAAACAGAUAUACAGCUCAGGGGGUCUGUCUUACUUCACAAACUACUAUAAUUUUAUGGACUACAGUGUCUUAUCCAUGUAUCUAGCGUCUUACGUGCUCAGAUUCUUUACUGAAUACGUCGUAUCAGACGCUGACAAUUUUUUUCAAGGCACCUUGCGAGCACGUGCCCUGUUAAGGCAGGGUAAUCACUCUCAUUUCAACCUACUGCUGGAUGAAAUCAAAGAUUCCAAAAAUCAUCCAAGAAACUAUUUCAUGGAAGCAUCGCGUUUCAAGUGGAAAAUGGACGACCCGGAGAUAGUUUCUGAUGUUUUGUUUGCCAUUGCUAAUGUGAUAAGCUUUGCCCGAACUACCUACCUCAUGCCAGCGUUCGAGGUGCUGGGACCUCUACAAAUAUCGCUGGGCAGGAUGAUCGGUGAUAUCACUAGAUUCAUGGUGCUCUUCACACUUGUACUGUUUUCGUUCAUGGUAGGUCUUCACAAUUUAUACUGGUAUUACGGUACACAGCGGAUUAAGAUGAAAGUGAACGAUCAUACAGUGUUUGUGUAUGCAGCGGAAGCAUUCCAAGGGUUAAAGCAAACGUUUUACAGCUUAUUUUGGUCAAUAUUUGGACAAGUUAGCAUUACGGAUAUCAACGUCAAGCAUCCAGGACCAGGCGGAGUUCGUCAGUGUAUGCUUCUGGACAGUGACCGUAACAAAAUCCUUUGUACGGACGGACCAAUCAAAAACGGGUCCAGGGCAGUAUUUAGUGCUGGGCAGGGUCCAGGUGCCGCCAUGACAGAAAAUAGCACCGAUAUUGUUGAAGGUGUCGGUCUUUUCCUGUUUGGAAUCUACCAUGUCGUUAUAAUAAUCGUCCUCAUUAAUAUGCUGAUAGCUAUGAUGAGUCAUUCCUUCGAAGCUAUUCAAGGUGACUGUGAUGUGGAAUGGAAGUUUGCGAGGACAAAGUUGUGGAUGAAUUACAUGGAUGACGGGAGCACAUUGCCAGUACCAUUCAACAUGAUUCCCUCUCCAAAAUCAUUCUGUUACCUGUGGAAGUGCGCUCGAGACCUGUGCAUAGGCAACAAGAAUGGCAAGAGAGAAUAUGAAAGAAAAAUAAGAAAAACGUUUAUAAAGAGCACAUGGCAAAACAAUGUCAACAUGAAUGUUUUAAUGAAAAAUCAUGAAAUGGAAUCAAAUUUCAAGUCGAGUAGUGCCAGUCUACAGAGGCGACGGGAAACGGUAUGCAAAACAUUAGAACUGAAACCGGAUGAUACCUCAUAUUCGGAUAUUAUGCAGCGUCUGGUUAAGAGAUACCUGUUCAAACUGGAGAGAGCGAAGGAUGAAACUGAACGAUGUGAGAACAUCUCCAGAUUUAACAGAUAUAAUUUAAAAGACAGUGCAGCAAAUAUUCAGAAUAUACGGACGGAAGAGAUUGAACUGAUUGAUGAAGACGAUGUUCCACCGCCAGUUCCUGACACUCCUCGCCGUAUACAGUUUGAUCGGGCAUACGACACACAACAGCCCAUACCUGAAGAUCAGGAGACAAGUCAAAACAAUUUCAGAAAUACUAGAGGGUCGUCCAUGCGCAAGCGCAAAGGAGGAGGGCGUGGUCAAGGGAGAAAAAUUUCUCACGGUGCAACCCAGAUUGCAACAACUUUAGCAAUACCACAACUUGACGCUAUACAAAGACAACAGAAACUGCUGGAUGUAAGAUUACAACAUCUUCAGGCAAGCAGUAAAGAAAACAAUAGAAUUAUUGACGAUGUUGAAUUCCUACGGCGUGUUAUGACUGAAAAUCAGAAAGCCAUGUUUAACAUUAUCCAUGCACUUGGCAAUAUGCAGAGCGAGAUAGUGUCGCUGGUAAAGUGUCUGUCCCCGGCGGCAUCGACUCCACCGCCAACAGCUAAUGCUCAUAAUGUAUCGAAUUCGGUCUCUAAAUCAAGUACAUCCAAAAAGCGCAUGAGCGCACAAGAUGACGAGGAAAGUAGAUUUUAAGAUGUUAUUAGCUUUGAUAUCUUUUGAAGUUAUGGUUUAACGUUAGUAAAUCGAUCACUUAACAUUUAGUUUAUAGUCAGCUCACCCCGUGAUUCCAGUACGUAUAAUCCGUUUAAACACAAGUGUUUUAAGUUCUCGCCGAGAAUCGCAUCAAAGUUGUUCUCUAUGGCAUACUUGCCAAGAGUUUUAAGAUAUAAGCGAUAUUAACAAUAGUCAAAUAAGAACAACACACUCUAGGGCAUUUAUAAACUAACGAACUGAGCGUUACUGUAAGAAAACCAGCAGAAAGGUUUUUCGCCCAAUGUGGAUCCAGAUCAGCCUGCACAUCCGUGCAGUCUGAUUGGGAUACAUACUGUUCGUUAAUCAGUCAGCUGAAUACAAGUGCUGAAAUUGAUAAACUAGCAGUAUGGAUGUGGGCAUAAAUGAACAGAAUGGCUAUGCACUGACCUGGAUCAUUCAUGGUCGCAAAACCUUAACGUUGGUUUACAUGCAGGGUUCUCUCUAUAUAUCAAUGUUCUGGAAAAAAUACAUGCAUAUAUGUAUUCUUGCCUUUCAGUUCAGUACUAUUACUCGUCACAACAUGAGAUCAAUUGUCAAGCAACAUUUAAGAUAGUGAUAUUGCACAAACUCUUAAAAUAGCUUUUUCUGAAAAUUUUGUACAGUUAUUUAAGAAACUGUUCAAGAUGACUUGACAAGUGUUCAGUAUGAUCUAUUUAUUGAGUAAAAUGACAUGGAUGAAAAAUGAUACAAAUAUGUUGCGAUAUGUGUCUCAAACAUUCAUUAAUAUUUUUUAAUCUUGACUAGAUAAUCACUAUUCACUUAAGAUCUAUUUAUUAAAAUAAGGUUGGAUUUUUAGGGUGUGCUUUAUGAUGUAAUGGUGUAAUAUUUGCUUUGGUCAGUAUUUUUGUUUCUUUCUGUCUCAUAUCUCAUCUUACUGCACGUACAAUUAAUGGGCACUUGCUCUGGUGUUAGGAAAACGUCUACAUUUUUGUGUUAACGGUGUUUAGCGUUACGUUUGGCUUUUCAGUUUUUGUUGUUAUUUUUUGUUAUCCUGAAACCAAUGAAAACAUUUUUUUUUCAGUAACUUACCGCAGUACUUUAUUGUUUAAUUAAAUAAUAAAAACGAAGCAAUCCAUCUUAUGUUAUACAUGUACUUGCUGGAAAUAUGUUGAAGCGUUCUAUUUUAUUAAAAUGACUAAAUUGAGACUUGAUAUCUGUGCUAUUUUUGUAGCAAGUGGAAAUUAGAUUAACGUACUAACUAACGUUAUAUGAAGGUGUAUGCUACAUCAAAACUGUUAGUAGGUAUACCGGUGAUGGACAUUUUUAGGUUAAUUGCUUUUCGCCCCGUCUUAUUUUUUUUUUCUUGUUAUCUAGCGCAAUUUACAAUCCGAAACAAAGUUAUGUUUGAGCUAGACGUAAUACCCGGUAACUCUUACUGUUGUUUUGCAAUUAAUCGACAGUUUUCGCCAAAAUCUCAAAUUUACAGCAGUGUAUAAUAUAUAACUUGACAAGUUCAUCGUAAUACAAAAUAUCAGCAUAACUAUAAAGUGUCGCUUUAAGGGAACUUUAUUUCUCCUUUAAAUGGAGAUGUUGGGGUCUAAUUGUCCGUCAGUCUGUCUGCCUGUUUGUCCGCCUAUCUUUUACAAUUUCUUUUCCUGAUAAUUCCUGUUGUUAUAAUCUGUUUUUGAUCAAACCGGUGUGGUCGUUCGAUUAAGUUUUAGCGGGGAUGUGGGAUUUAUUUAUCGCUUGUGGAAUCUCCUUCUGCACCUACCGUCAGGUUUUGUUUAAACUCAGUAGAAAUGAUCAGUCUAUAUGCGCAUAGUGCAAGGUAUUUUGGUGGUUUGGGAUUGAUUUUUUUUUCAUUUAUUUUUUUCGUUUCCGGUAACUGCUUUUACAUAUUUAAUCAGAUUUUCUUGAAACUUAGCAGAAACGAUAAUACAACGUAAAAUUGUGCAUAUUAUCAGACGGUAAAGGUUAAUUGAUUUCAUGUUGUUAUGACCGUUUUAAGAAUAUUUAUUUUCGUUUUCGGAAAACUUCACCAAUUUUUUUUCUUCGGUUUUGUGUAUAUUUGGUACAAAGCAAGAUCUUGUUUUGUUUUGUGAAUGUUCUUCUCUUGAAUGACUGUUUACAUUUCUUCGGACUUAAUUAGAUUUUUUGAUAUGCUGUGACCCGGCUUACAUUUUCCAAAUAUUUUCAUCCUCUUGAAUUUGCAAUUACUCUUUUGAGAAAGGAAGGUAAAACAACAUUUAUUUUGGUGUCCCAGCUUCCAUUUUCCAAAUAGUUUCAUACCCGCUAUUAAUCUUUUGAGAAAAGAAGAGGAAACGUUACAUUUAUUUGGAAAAAGAAACUAUUUUUAUGGAUUUUCUGUGACGAAAUGAAAGUAUCUAGAAAUAUUAUUUUCUAAUUAUGUAACAAAAGCUCAAGGAAACGUCCUUGUAAGAAUGGUCAACAAGAAUGCAUCACGUCUCAGAAUAUCUCUACAUAUGAGACUUUAAUUAUUGGUGAACAUGCGAAAUUUUGAGAUUAUUUCUUAAGGCAAAAACUACUUAAACAUAUUUAUUCUCAUUUCAUGAAUAUCUUAUUUCUAAAGUAAUUAUUUUGACGUAUAAUAUUCCUAUUUUCUCUUUAAAAAAACGAAGAGGAAUGGCUUUGUGAAAAUGUUCAGUACCCAUUACAUACCUCAAAACUGUCAAUAAAAUAUUACUUUGUUAUCAUUAGGAAAAAAAAACAAGUGCACGUAGAGACUGGCUUUCUGAUCAAUCUAAUCUGAAACAUUGUUGUUCGUGAAUUGCAUCUUAUUUUGGUAGAUCAAGAGAGACAACAUAAAGUAUCCCAAUUAAAGGUCUCCGAGGGUGGUAGUAGGAUGUCUUGAAUUCUUAAAGAAUACAUGUUUAUCAAAUUAAUACCAGUUUAAUGACCAAAAAUGUAAAUUUCCCAUUGAGACAGUCACAGUUUCGAAAAAUAUAUUUUAAGAAAAUUGCAUGGAAAAAAAUGUUACAUGUUAAGACAACUAAGAUAAGACUGAAUGUUCUCUUUUUCAAAUGAUACCAAAAUGGCUGCCAUUUACAGUGGCAAAAUAUCCAAUCUAAUCUUUUUAUGCCCCCGAAGGUGGGCAUAUUAAAAUCGCACUGUCCGUCCGUGCGUCCGUGUAAAUUCUUGUUCGAGCUGUAACUCUGCCAUCCACGAAGGGAUUUUGAAAUAAUUUGGCAUAAAUGUUUACCAUAACGAGACAAUGUGUUAUGCGCAAGACCCAUAUACCUAGCACCACGGUAAAAGUCACAUUUAGAAGUCAAAGGUUAUCAGGGUCUGUUUCGUGUCCGGAUCAUAGCUCUGCCAUCGAUGAAGGGAUUUUAAAAUUCCUUGGCAUAAAUGUUCCCUAUAUUAAAAUAACAUGUCAUGAGCAAGACUCAGACCCCUAGAUCCAAGGUCAAUGACACACUUUAAAGUAAAACGUUAACAGGGUCUGCAUCUUGUCCGGUCAAUAACUCUGCCAUUCAUCAAGGGAUUUUAAAAGUACUUGGCACAAAUGUUCCCUAUAAUGAGUUGAUGUUUCAUGCGCAAGAUUCAGACCCCUAGCUCCAAGAUCAAUGUUACUUUUUGAGAACAUUUUUGUCCAGUCACAAAACGAUUCAUACCUAAACUAUUUUGGCAUAUUUUGCGCAGACAACUGUAGCAUUCUUGGGCACGCUUCGGGAGCAUUUGUCACUAAGUGACAGCUUUUGUUUGACAAAAAAUUCAGAACUAAUCCAGAUAUUUUGAAAUAUUACCACAUACACACAGACCACUCACAUACUCUUAAUUAGAUAUAUGUAAAGCAUAAUUUACUUGCUCAUAAAGUCUGUUUAUUUUACAUUUAUCCGACUGCAAAGAAAACAAAAUAACAUUACAAUGUUUUGUACAAAAAAAGAAAACGUAAUAUAGUUCUGAAUAUUGGAAACUGACUGUGAAAUUACCUCUCCCUGGUUCUUUAUUCAUAUUAUUCCUAGAAUACUCGAUAUAUUAUAUGUCGUCCUGUUAAUUAACAACGGUAAUAAUUGAUGGAUUGGAAUAUGUGUUUAUGAAUUUAAGACUCUCUCUGCACGUCGUAAGGUGAUACAGAAUGCGUUAUUUGAAAUAGAGCUUUAUGCCUUGUGAUAUUUUAGGUUGUUGAUUGACUUUUCAAAAAUGACUUAUAAUUCUUAAUGAUUUAGUCUAAAAAUAACAAAAUAAUCUAAAACUGCAUUGCACGUAUUAGUUUUAUUUUGACGAGAAAGGAGAAAGUUUCCUCUUCACGUUCCUGCAUUUCAUGAAAAUAACUUGAGACAUAUUUGUGCAUCUUGUUCGGUGAUAGUUGAAAAAACAUAUAUCACAAUUUACGUACAUAGCAUAUUUGCUUUGAGGGUUUUGCCACUGAAUUACCAUUUUUGUCACUGCGUUUGUAUUUUCAUAUGUAUCAUUGUAGCUCUCGUUUGUUAUUAGAAAAUUUUCCAGGCUUCUUUUUUCUUUAUUUCUUCUUUAUUUCGCUUUAAGAACAAUGUGAUAAUGGAACUAAAGAGAAAACGUAAUAUUAUAUGGCAGUCUGAUUAAAUCAAUAUCGUUACUUCAGUUAGGUUACAUUUCAUGGCAAUAUCCAUACUUAUAGUUUACAAGUAGUAUAAACAUGCAAUUAAAAACCAGACACUUUCAAAUUUUUGACUCAUUUAUUGAUUUACUAUGUCAAAUUAUGCAGUAUCUAUUUUAUGAAUCAAUUAAAUAGAUCAUUUCCUUGGUUACAUGAAGGUUGUUUAUAGUUACUUACAGUUUUACUUGUUACACUUUAUCUAAGUUUUGUUAUAUGACUUUUUCAUAUAAAUUCCCGGUCCAUAGUUUGCGCAAUUAGCAGGUCUAUUUUUCAAUCUCAAUUUUACUCAUUCUCGCAUACCAGAGGUUUACCAUGGUUCCCUAGCUGAUUUUGACGAACCUCUGUUGAAUGAGAUUGAAUUCUACUGGGUUAAAGUCAAAACUUAAAGAAAAACAAAAUAUAAAAAUCAGUUUCUGGUGAUAUGUAAUAAAAUAUCUAUAUGACUUUAGACAACAGUUUUGACCUUUGGUUGUUAAGCCAUUCAAUGAGUGUAUAAUAGAUCACAUAUUUUAGGCUUCAUUUUCACUUUGCUUCGCUCCGUUGCUGCAAAACUUAAUAAUAUUAGAAUGUUAAUAAAUAUAUUGAUCUAUAUCCUAUACAAAUGUAUCUUCACUAACAUGUAUAAUGAUACAAAGUAUAGUACCUUUCAGUCAUAGGCUUAUAAGGCAUAAAUUGACUUUGAUCUGGUUCCCAUGACAACAAGUUCUAAAAAGGUAAUAAUUAACCUGUAUAUAAACUCGUCUGUAAAUAAAUUAUUUAAAGUAAAGAGGACAUUUAUCACAGAUUGUUCUGGAAUAAUUUACAAAAAUCGAAAUUUAAUGCUCUCUUUAAGUUGUCGUCGUCCAAACAGAAAUUAUUCUCUUGCAUAAAAUAAGUAGUUUUUACAGGCAGUAGCAACAUAAAUGUUAUUUGUUACCAACGUAUGAAAUGAGCCAGACAGUUUAUGCAUGCAUGAAAACCUAACAUAAAACUAAUUAUAAACGAAUGUACUUUGUAGAAUUUUUGUUGUGCAGAACUACCUUAACCUAAUGAUAUUUUCCCCAUUUAUUCAGUCUAAGAAAUGUUUAUGGUAGUGGGAUUGGUUGUUACUUAGUUUCAGCACUUUUGCAGUUACUGCACUAUUCUCUGAUGUCUUUAUAAAUGCAAUACAUAUUAAGCCGCAUAAAUUCUUUGGAAAGUGUGUCUUGUUUUAUUCAUGUAGAAUUUCUAUUUGUAUGCCUUUAAACAGUUAUUUCCAAUUACAAAGUCAAUGCUGAAACUGUAUUUAAACAGCAAGUUUAUCCUUAAUGUUGUUAUAUAAAAAUUAAAAAAAAAGUUUUCUGAGUAAUAAAAUUUGAUAACGUCUAUAUUCAUUUUGUUAAGUUUGUUUGUUGGAAACUAGUUUUAUCAUAACUUACUGUACAAAUAAAUAUUUAUUACUGCUUU